AAUUGAUUGAUGAGUUUAAGAAAAAUGUCCCAAAAGUCUGAAAGUGAGUCCCAAAGAAGCCAACAAGAGGAGGAUUGCCCUCGAAAUCAUACUCAUAACUUGAGAAGGACUCGGUCUUCGACGAAUACGAGAAAAUAAGACGAAGAAGUCUGAUUAUUAUUACCCAACUCAGGGAAGAGGGUUCGCAUCAGGCCAAAAUUCACCUGAUUCCUGUUCUCCUAGUGCUAGAGAAAGAGAGGAUGAGUCAGCUAAAAAUGACCUGGAGUCUAGCCGUCCUAGUGAGAAAAGUACCAUCAAAACGAGAAAUCUUAGAAGCUCUAAUAAAUUGCGGUCUAAAGCUUUAAAUAAUGUCAAACCUAAGAGAAGAAUGAAGAGAAAGACGAGGGAACCUACUGGAAAGAAGAAUGACGCGAAACGUCAGAGAAUGGAAUCAGAAGGUGACCAAGAGUCAAAUGACUGAGAAAUUCCUUCCAACUUAAACCCUCUUUUUGAAGUGUUCUGCAAGUUUAUUGAAGACCUUCAUGUUGAGGCCUCAAAUGAGGUAGAAGAGACAACACAACAACCGCAACAGAAUGAAAGAGUUGAGAGAGAUCAAGAGGUAGCACAAAUGAACGAACUUCAACAAUUUUAUGAUAGCCUUGGAUCCACAAUUGAAAGGAGACUAUGCCAACACUUCGUUGAGCAAAAUAUUACCGAUCCAGCUACAAUUAGAGCUUAUAUAGAUGCUUUCUUACCUCAAAUUCUUGCUCAGCAUCAAGAGGCAGUUCCUAACACUCUCGAGGAGAUGGUAGAGGGAGCCAGAAGAGCCAGUGAUGAAUUAAAUGAUCAAAACCAGGACUGCGGUAUUAAUAACACAGACAAUGAUUCUUUAACUCAAGACCAGCAUAAUUAUUUCAUGCAGCAGAUGCUACGUGAGAAAUUGUCAGAGCUACUGCAAGGCAUCAACCAGAACAACAUGCAACAAAACCAAAUUCAUCCAAUGUUUGACCCAAAUAACGGAGAAAUUUAUAUCAGAAACAUAUUUGAUUUUAAGAGAUCAAGUUACCAUAUCGGAGCUGCUACUUUUAUACAACAAAUACAAAGAGCUUCUCAUCAGGCUUAUAUCUUUAAGGCCCAACAGAUGGCUUUAAUGCAAAGAAAUGAACAGAAUAAUAUCCAUGAAGAGAGAACUCAAAACAAUAAUAUACAGCAAGAGAUGAUUGAGGCGCAGCAAGAUUCUAUUCAAGAGCAAUUGAUACCCGCCUUACUUCAAUCCCAGCUGCAAGAACAAACCACUCUUCCUGACUUAAACACAGUCUCUGCCUCCCAAAUCCAGAACUCUCACCAAAUCCAGCCUGGAUUAGAAGAGGCGAGGACAGCUACACAGAAACAAUUAGCUGAAUUAUGACAAAUUUUAAACCAAAGAAUACUCUCGUCUAACUCUGGGCUUUAA